GUGAUGCACCGUGCAGCCACUGCCGACCGGACCAGCUUGGAUUACACUCACCAUUCACAACUCUCCAUCUGUUCUCCACCGCUCAACUGGACCAGAGUUGGGACGAGGACGUUUGAAACAAGAAACUCUCUCAAACGGGUUCUUUCUUUACGUUUUCUUUAAAGAAUCCGGCUUUAGUCCCCCCCCCCCCCAAAAAAAAAACUCGUAGUUCAUUCUUCCAAAUGUUGCCGGUCUCGCUUUGCAAGUGGGUAUAGCCGGUGGUUUCAGCUCGCGUCCAGGUGGUUUACGGGAAAAGGCUGCACAAGGAAUAUUUUGUCUUUAAUUUAAAUUCCUCGUUAUCUUUUGGAAGCGCGUCUACUAUCCACCCCCCCCCCCCCUCCCCUCCCCCGCCACCCCCCACACACGAUGGCAGAUGCUAACGCAGAAUGCAAUAUCAAGGUUUUGUGUCGAUUUCGUCCUCUGAACAAGUCGGAAAUUAUCCGCAGAGAUAAGUUCAUCCCAAUAUUUCAAGGAGAAGAUACUGUCAUCCUCGGGGGGAAGUCCUAUGUGUUUGACCAGGUGUUCCCCACGAACACCACCCAGACACAGGUCUACAACACCUGCGCCAAGCAGAUUGUCAAAGAUGUACUGGGUGGUUACAAUGGGACUAUCUUUGCCUAUGGGCAGACUUCUUCUGGAAAAACGCACACCAUGGAGGGCAACCUUCAUGAUGCCCAGGGAAUGGGAAUCAUCCCCCGGAUCGCAGAGGACAUUUUUGAACAUAUAUUUGCCAUGGAUGAGAAUCUAGAAUUCCACAUAAAGGUCUCCUACUUUGAGAUCUACAUGGAUAAAAUCCGGGACCUGCUGGAUGUGACAAAAACCAACCUGUCAGUGCACGAAGACAAAUACAGAGUUCCUUUUGUGAAGGGCUGCACAGAGCGCUUCGUCACGAGUCCCGAGGAGGUGAUGGAUGUGAUAGAUGAAGGAAAGGCCAACCGGCAUGUUGCUGUCACCAACAUGAACGAGCACAGUUCCCGCAGUCACAGCAUCUUCCUGAUAAACAUCAAACAAGAAAACGUGGAGACGGAGCAGAAGCUGUGUGGGAAGUUGUACCUGGUCGACCUAGCUGGGAGUGAGAAGGUCAGUAAGACGGGUGCAGAGGGAGCAGUGCUGGAUGAGGCCAAGAACAUCAACAAGUCUCUGUCGGCCCUGGGGAACGUCAUCUCAGCCUUGGCCGAAGGAACGAAAUCUCACGUGCCGUACCGUGACAGCAAAAUGACUCGCAUCUUGCAGGACUCGCUUGGCGGGAACUGUCGCACCACCAUGUUCAUCUGUUGCUCUCCCUCCAGCUACAAUGAUUCAGAGACCAAAUCCACGUUGAUGUUUGGCCAACGAGCCAAGACCAUUAGAAAUACUGUAUCAGUGAACCUUGAGCUCACAGCAGAGCAGUGGAAGAAGAAGUACGAAAAGGAGAAGGAGAAGAACAGGUCAUUGAAGGAGACUGUUCAAAGACUGGAGACUGAGCUGAAUCGCUGGAGGAACGGUGAGGAUGUCGCUGUGUUAAAGGAUCUGAGCCCAGGAUCAGAGGACGUCUCCCUGGUGCCUCCUGAAUCUGAGGAGCUGCUUGUCGACAUCUGCAGUCCCUGCAGUCCUCGCUCCAUUGCCUCCUCCAUUGUGGUUCACAUCUCUGCAGAGGAGCGGCAGAAGUAUGAGGAGGAGAUCCGCAAGCUUUACAAACAGCUGGAUGAUAAGGAUGAUGAGAUCAACCACCAGAGCCAGAUGGUGGAGAAACUGAAGGAGCAGAUGCUUGACCAGGAGGAGCUUCUAGCAUCAUUCAGGGGUAACAGCGAUAGGGUGCAGUCGGAACUCGGCAGGCUGCAGACGGAGAAUGAAUCGGCUAAGGCCGAGGUGAAGGAGGUCCUCCAAGCCCUGGAGGAGCUGGCAGUCAACUACGACCAGAAGAGCCUGGAGGUCGAGGAGAAGAGCGUGCAGAAGAAACUGCUGGCUGAAGAGCUCGCAAAGAAAAUGGCUCAGCUCAUGGCUUUAGAGGCAGAGCUGUCUCGUAUCAAGGCAGUGAGCAGCCACCAAAGGAAACGCAUCUCUGAGAUCCUUAACGGUCUGAUGAGGGACCUGAGUGAGUUCAGCACCAUCGUUGGAAACAAGGACAUCAAGCUGCCAAUGGAGGUCAGUGGUGCGAUCGAGGAGGAGUUCACAGUGGCCCGCCUCUACAUCAGUAAGAUAAAGUCAGAGGUUAAGUCCAUGGUGAAGCGCUGCCGCCACCUGGAGAACAUCCAGAUGGAGUCUCACCGCAAGAUGGAGGAGACGUGUAGAGAGCUGUCCUCAUGUCACCUCCUCGUUUCACAGCACGAGGCAAAGAUCCGCUCUCUAACGGACUACAUGCAGAACGUGGAGCUGAAGAAGAGGAAGCUGGAGGACAGCUACGACUCUCUGAGCGAGGAGCUGGCCAAACUCCAAGCUCAAGAGAGAAUGGCAAAGGUGACCGGCGGGGACCAUCACUCAUCUGCCCAGGAGUCCUGUGAUAUAAAGAGGGCUCUGGAGCAGCAGAUGGAGUCACAUCGUGAGUCACACAGCAAACAGCUUGGGCGCCUACGAGACGAGAUCAAUGAGAAGCAGGAGAUCAUCGACGACUUGACUGAUUGUAACCAGAAGCAACAGCUGGAGUUGGAGCAACUGCACUGUGACUUUAUACAUCUCAGGAGCCAAGAGCGUCACAAGAGCCGGCAGCUGGAGGAACUGACAUUUCUCCAUGAGCGACAUGAGCAGUCAAAGAAGGACCUCAAAGGGCUGGAAGAGACUGUUGCUCGUGAACUCUACACGCUGCACAACCUCCGCAAGCUUUUUGUUCAAGACCUCACGACUCGAGUUAGAAGAAGUGCACAGAUGGAGCUUGACGAUAGUGGAGGAUACAUCACCCAGAAACAGAAGAUUUCCUUUCUUGAAACCAACCUCGACCAGCUUACAACAGUUCACAAACAGCUGGUACGUGACAAUGCAGAUCUUCGCUGUGAGCUUCCAAAACUGGAGAAACGGCUUCGGUCUACAGCUGAGAGAGUUAAGGCGCUGGAGGGUGCGCUGAAGGAGGCGAAGGAAGGAGCCAUGAAGGAACGCCACCGCUACCAGCAGGAGGUGGAGCGUAUCAAAGAUGUGAUGAGGGCUCGCAAUCCCUUCCGAAGGCCCCAUGCUGCACAGAUAGCCAAGCCUGUGCGCGCUGGCCACUACCCACCGUGCUCUCCCACCAGCCCCUUCUUCAUCCGAGGCUACAGCGAUCACCCCAUUGCCUCCAGCAAAGCUGAGUUCCACAACAUCAAGCACCAACAAGCAGCAGCUGCUCCUGCUGCUCCUGCAGCAGCAGCAGAGAGUGAGCCCAGGUUGCCCGAGGCCAACUCCAACCAGAACAGCCCCACCAAACACCCCCACUCCCAAAACAAUGAUUCACAAGACGACGACGCUCAGGACAACACGCUUCGAGCUGAACCACCGAACCACGCAGACAAGAACACUGCAGACAAGAACACUGCAGACAAGAACACCGCAGAGAUGCUUGAUUCAGAGAACGGAAACACCACAGAUAUCAAUGACAACAGGACCCAGCCAACCUCUACAGCCUGCAGCAGGAGGCCUCAGCCAGCUAAUAGUCCUGGGCAGGCAGAUGUUUUUUUUCCUGAGGCCUAUUCUGUAAAUCUGCAUGCAGCUGAUCACUGUUCUCCCAGCCUCUCCUUCCUCCCUCAUCCUCACCUGCUGUAAACAGACCCCUAUCUCUCCGGUGUCCCCUUUCCUUCCCCUGCUUGCUCCUCUUCAAUCUCCUCUCCUUCCUUUACACUGAUGCGGGGUGUAUGUUGGUAUCAGUAAGAUCCACGGCAUGCGCUGCAUCUCAAUUGUCUGACUUGGCAGAUUACACCCGUACUGCUGCACACUCUCCCCCAUGAAGGUGGGGAGGAGAAGGUGCAGUGCUGUAGGUAACCACUAGUGUGUGCUGUUUGUCUCAGUGAGGAUAUCGCAGUAAACAAAAAGGCAACAGUACAAUUAACAAGAAGCUAAGUCUUAAUCACUAUUACCAAUAUUAAACAUGCGUAUGGAUCUGAAAACUCAACAGUGAACCUCAGGAUCACUUGGCUAAUAUUUAUACUUUAGGACUGUGCAUGUUCAUUUUUAAUGUUGGUCUUCAAUACAUAAAAUAGUAAGUGAGCAAGUAAGUCCACAUUGGCAUGAAAUGUUUCAGUCUCAAAUGAAACUGUUAAAUGGGAGAUUCAGUCUCAAAACAAUGAUUGUGUUUAAAGGACGAGGCUGGUUUUAUUCAAUCUUUUUGUUGUUGUCAACAAAUCUCAUGAAAAGAUGAAGACCAACAAUGCGUUACUGUGUCUCAGUACUUUCCGACGUCCCCAGCCUGCCUGUGGCUCUCAGUCUCAAGCAUACUGAAGAUGUAAAGGUUUAAAAACAGGCCUUGGAUGUAUUGUUUUAUUUUUUUACCAAAAGGCUCCGUAAUUUCCUAAAAACAAAUAAGGCAUUUUUUUAUUUAGCAAGCACUUCUAAAACAGGAGUAAAUAGUGAAUUUAUUGGGGACCAUUUUCAGCUGUGGAUUAAUUACAUGAAAACACAUUUGGUGUUGUGGUGAGUUUUUACAGCAGCAGGAUAGUGUGAGUGGGAUUGUCUGAAAGUAAACUGCAGUGCCAUCAGGCUUAUUAUAACACAAUGAGUUAUUUAUUUUAGAAGCAGUGUCAGUAGUCAUAGUAACAAUAUAGUGUUUUUUCACAUGUAGACUACAGUAGGUAGACCAACCCACAGAACACAAACUACACUAAAAUACAGAUACGCACACCUGCCACAGUUAAAACCUGGCCGAUCCUUAACUUAGACACUAGACAAUUUGACCUUUUCUUAAAAUAAACAAAGGAAAUUAAGUUUAUAUAUAGUAUACAGUAAAGACUUUAACUCCUCAAGUCACAACAGUUUUGUAUUUUGGUACCCUUUGAGGAUAUCUUUCAGAUACGUAUACUAGAUAAAUAUUGUAGUCACCCUGUUAACACCCUAUAUCCAUAUAUAGUCCAGCAAGUUAGAGAUCACACUUUGGUGAAGACCUCGUCAACUUGUGAGCUUCAGAUGACUCCGGUGAUGGCACUUUUUCACCAAGCACAUAAGGAGCCAUUGUCCUAAGUGAGGAAGUUGAUCAGAACAUCGUUCACUCAAAUAUUCAGUCGCCUCAGUAUGUUUGACUUUUGGUCCACUGCACUGGUCACAACUAGUCUGAAAGGCAACUUCGUCUGAACCACCAGUAGAGUCUAAAACACGAUUUCUGAUUGAUUUUAAAAGACUGAUUGUGUCGUAGUAGAGACUCUUAAGCUGUAAAUCAUCGCUAGAAAAAAACGUCCCGUCAGGGAUCGCCUGUGAGAUAUUCAAUCAUUGUCAUGACAAGAAAAAGCAUGGCAGAGUGGGAAAAAAAUAAUUGUGUAGCAACUAUUUUUAUACUGCUAGUUCUAGUUCUAGAUAUAAGAAAUAUAUAUAUAAUUUAUAUAUAUAGUAUUUACCAUGAGCUCUAUUUAAAAUGUUUUUUUUUAUUUGCUAUUAUUUAUUAUAGCUUAUUCAUAAUUUAUAGCAGUUGCUGAAUGUGAAGCAUUUGCUUUGAUGUGUGCUUUGAAUGUUUUGGGUGUCAGAUUUCUAGUGUUUUGUCAUUGAAUGAAAAUGCAUGUACCUGUGCAGCUGUCGUUCCAAUACUGAUGAUUAAUCCUACGGUUCUUCAUGAAGCACCUCAGAUUAAUACCAAAGCCCUGAUUGUAGUGAUUCAUUGAAAGAGUUCUGUAUAUCCUCUGAUGGAGACAUAAACCAAAGGUUACUGUAGGUUAUCAGCUGAUACAGCCCUGUCUUAUCCCUCUGACUCACACACAGAUCGCUUCAUCACACAAUGACCCCAAAGUACAGAUACAUCACAUAUACCGGGUUCCUUGGGUGCAGUCUGAGUUAUCUGAGCAGAUAAGUUGAUUGACACACACACGCCGAUGGUCACGCCGCCCUUCAAACUCUCUCAUUGAGCUCCUGAUCAGCCAGUCAGGAAAAGAGAAUCAAGGGUGACAGUAGACGGACUGUGUGUGUGUGUGUGUGUGUGUGUGUGUGUGUGUGUGUGUGUGUGUCUCUCACUCGUCAACUUUCUGCAAUUCUUUUAACAAAGCAAAUCCGUAACGCUUUAGUUUACAGCCUGCAAAUUACAGUGUAGAUAUGUUGUGAUAUAAUAAUGUACUUACUGGGGAGGCUCGAUGGAAGAAGUACAUAAGAGGGUUACAAAUUUGUGUUUAGGGAGGGGACCUAGUAAUAAAUUGUACUUUAAUUAACUGGCAGAGAUGGGGGACCAACGUACUUGAGGCCUUCACACACCGGAAGCGAGACACACCAGAACACUUGAAAAGACAGAACAGCUUCACAAUUGUGUCUGUUCAAGUUUCUUCUUCAACAUCAGUUUUGAUUGUCAGGUGGAUUCAAAGACGACAUUACUGUUCUUCAGUAUCUUAUCAUAAUAUUAACGAUAUAUAUAUAUAGACUUUGUUAUUUAUAGCUACAGCUGUGAAGGCUGUAAAGCCCAAUGUUUUGUUUUUUGAGUGACAUUAAGUGUACACCAUAUUAAUAAUCAUAAGUUCUCUGCAUUUUAGUUCUUUCUACUCUUUAAUUCCCUCCCCAGAUUUGUCCCGUGUAGUUACCAUUUUACUGAUACCCUUGAUAUACUUAUUACGUUACGUUACAUUGUGGGCUGUAAUGUCAAGCGUUACUGACAGACCCCCUCUUCUAUUUAUAUUGAGGCUAAUCAGACAUGCAUGAAGCACUUGAUCACAUUAUGUUCUUUAUCCUUUCUCCCUGUGUUCCUCUUCACAAGACUUUACACUGAGUGUCGAAUACAGCAGCCGUUAAUUUUGACUUUCUUCAAAGGGUCAAAAAGGACAUUGAGAAGCUUACCACAAUCAUAAAAGUUAAGUGUGUUUACAUAACCUAAAGAAACCAUUAGUUGUCAAUUUGUUGUUAAUGAACAAAAACCACCAAGAAAACAACUGUUCCUCUGACAUGCCCGAUGGUUGUAUACUGAGCUGUAAAUGUUUGGGCGAGUGUAGAGUUUAUUUUCUGUCUUAUUGUUCUGUUUGUCUGACAGUCAUUGUAACCAAACUUAAAAUAUUCUGGCAAAGGUAAAUAAUAUGUGAAACUGUAGCCGAAAUAUGCAGAAAUAUAACUAUGACAAGAAUGGUAGGGUGGUUAAAAAAAAAAAACAGAUGCAAUAUGUCUGUGUUUGUACACAUGUGCGUUGGUUGGUUUGUUGAUAGCGUGGGAUUUAGUGCAUGCAGUACUUCUGUAGCUGCUCAGAAACAGUACUGUUAUCUCCUUUCAAUAAAGAUGAUUCUAUGUUGUAUCAUUA